UUCACACGCCAUUUUUACAAUAAAAAGUCAAGUCGAAUUUUCGACUGACGCUUGGGUUGAAAAAAAAGAACGCAAGAAGUGAAAGAAAUUCUGGAAAGGUUUCCUUUUUUUCCAUAAAAACCAAUUGUCUUAUUCGCGUUUUAAAUAUGGAUCGUGGUGGUUACGGUGGCGGUGGUGGCGGUGCCGGGCAGUACAAUAAUUUUGCUGUUCCUCCGCCAAAUUACCAACAAAUGCCAAAUAAAACUGGUAACUAUAACGAGCCCCCUCCAAACUAUAACAAACCAGGCGGAGGUUAUGAUUCAGGCCAUCGUGGCGGCGGUGGCAGCAGCGGCGGCGGUGGUGGUGGUGGUGGAUCAUGGAACGAUAGAGGCAAUUCCUACGGAAAUGGAGGCGCCAGCAAGGACAACUACAACAAAGGAUAUGGUGGCAGCAAUAGCAGCAGCGGAGGCGGCGGUGGUGGCGGUGGCAACGAUAUGAUCACGCAAGAGGAUACCAUCUUUGUUUCUGGCAUGGAUCCAUCCACCACUGAGCAGGAUAUUGAAACUCAUUUCGGAGCAAUUGGAAUCAUAAAGAAGGACAAGCGCACCAUGAAGCCAAAGAUCUGGCUGUAUAAGAACAAGGAGACUGGCACCUCGAAGGGCGAGGCCACGGUCACAUAUGAUGAUGUGAAUGCCGCUCAGUCGGCCAUUCAGUGGUUCGAUGGCAACGAUUUCAAUGGCGCCCAAAUCAAAGUCUCUUUGGCUCAACGUCAGAAUAAUUGGAACAAAGGCGGCGGUGGUCGCGGCGGUUUCGGUGGACGUAAUCGUGGUGGCGGUGGAGGUGGCGGCGGUGGUCGUUUUGAUCGCGGUGGCGGUGGAGGUGGCGGCGGUGGUGACUUCGAUCGCGGCAGCGGAGGCGGCGGCGGCGGUGGUCGUGGUGGUGGUGGUGGCGGCCGUUUUGGCGGCGGCGGCGGCGGUGGUGGCGGCGCUGGCGCCGGUGGCAAUGUCCAGCCUCGUGACGGAGAUUGGAAGUGCAGCAGCUGCAACAACACAAACUUUGCUUGGCGUAACGAGUGCAAUCGAUGCAAAACACCAAAGGGCGAUGAAGACGGCAAUUCUGGUGGUAAUAGUGGCUAUGGAGGUGGUGGCGGCGGUGGAGGCGGAGGCUAUGGCAGUAUGAAUGAUCGUGGCAAUGAUCGCAGCUCUGGCGGUGGCUACCAAAAUAGAGAUCGAAGCAGUGGUGGCGGCGGCGGCGGUGGUGGAUACUCACGUUAUGGCAAUGAUAAUGGUGGCGGCGGUGGUGGACGUGGUCGUGGUGGUGGCGGCGGCGGUGGUGGUGGCCGUCGUGAUGGUGGCGCCAUGCGCAAUGACGGCGGCAUGCGCUCCAGACCAUAUUAGGAAGGUGCUCGUCACGCAAAACUAUUUUUUCUAACUUACGUAUUAAUUAUACUACAUAGCAAGUACUCAAUUUUAAAUGUACUUUUAUAUUACGCCCCCCUCCCUCCCUCCCAUCACCAGUCAAAACAAAAACAACUACUACCACUACAACAACAAACCAUAAUGCAGAUCAUGCAUUCAAGUCAUUAUAUCCAUUGAUUUCAGAAUUCAGAAUUGUUACAAAUUGUAGCAUCUUAUCACUCGUUUUGACUUUAGCAUAUUAUAAUAUGUAUAUGUAAUCUAAUUUUACACAAAAAAAAAACAAACAUAAUUGUAAUAGAUACA